UUGUUGUGAUAUUUGUUAACGGUUUGAAGGUUCUUUCACUCACGUUUUGCGGUAUUCUGACCGCAAUCACUAUUAAAUGCAGAAAGGCCUUCAUGCAUAUAGCCUACAUUUUUAUGCAGGCAUCGAGUUGUAGUUGUCGAGAAAAGGAGAGGUAUUUCAUCAAAUGAGACGUAGCCAAUGUGACGCAAUUUGGUGGAAAACUCCUAUUUCCUGAUUGCCAAGGUUUGACUGCGUAGACCUUAUUUUAUGAGUGAAAUCAGCCAGUUGCAUUAUUCUUAAUACGUGAUAGGCCUAUAGCCUACUUUUAAUUGAUUUGACCGAAGAUAGAACACUUGGUGGUUACUUUUUGUUUUAUUAUAAACAUAAUUCUCCAAAUAUGUCAUCUGUUACGGAGUUAAGUUUCGACCUGUCGAAUAUUCCGUUGAUAGCACUGAAUGUCAACGUGAGAAAGAAAUUAGGGUUGUUUUUAAAUCCGAGAAACACUGUCGCAGCGGAUUGGAUGUCGAUCGCGGAGAUCAUGGGUUUUUCUUAUUUAGAGAUAAAAAAUUAUGAGGACUCCCAGAACCCGACAAGAAAAAUAUUGGAAGAUUGGCAAGCAAGGUGUCCAGAUGCAAAAGUCGGAAAAUUACUUUCGAUUCUUGAGGAAGCCGACAGAAAAGAUGUGGUUGAAGAUCUUCGAGAUUUAAUCGAGGAGGACUGCAGAAAAUACCUUAACUGGCGGAAGGAGCCCCCACUUCAAGUGCCUGAGGUGGAUAGCUGUGUCCCACGGACCCCAGAGCGAUCAAGAAUCACCCUGGAAGAUGACCCUGACGGAGGAAUGCCCGAGUUAUUUGAUGCCUUCAUCUGCUACUGUCAAAGCGACUUCACAUUUGUAAAUGAGAUGAUUCAGCAGCUUGAGCAGACUGAGCACAAACUGAAACUGUGUGUGUUCGACCGAGAUGUCCUCCCUGGAAGCUGUGUAUGGACCAUCACCAGUGAACUGAUUGAGAAGAGGUGUAAGAGGAUGGUGGUUGUGAUCUCAGAUAACUACCUGGACAGUGAUGCCUGUGACUUCCAGACCAAGUUUGCCCUCAGCCUCUGUCCUGGUGCUCGGAGCAAACGACUUAUCCCUGUGGUAUACAAGUCUAUGAAGAAACCGUUUCCCAGCAUUUUGCGAUUCUUGACUGUGUGUGACUACACCCGGCCCUGCACUCAGGCCUGGUUCUGGGUUCGACUGGCCAAGGCCCUCUCCUUGCCCUGACUAUCUCACAGGCUCAAACCAAGCCAUCAUCAGUCACUUGCCUUACUCAUCUUGGUCGAUUUGGUAGGCUCAUUUUCCCAUCUUGAAUGAGAAAAAUGGCAAUGGUGCAUGAAGGUUAUACUGUCGAUAUGACUAGACUCAGCUUAAAUAAAACCUACUGCUUUUAGUAUAAAGGUGCAGUUUGGUCAUGUAGCUAAUCAAUCUGAUACAUAGGACAGUAUCCUAUCCCUUCAUCAUGGCGCUAGUCAGUAGUGAUUCCUCCCUCAAUUGCCCCACUCCGUGGUUCAAUCUCGGGUCCUCUGACUUGCGCACACGACUGACCACCUUUAAAAUGGUGUGGGUGGAAGGUAUUUACAUUAAGGAGUGAGUUGAACCAAUUUAACUUAGUUACUCUAACGCAUGAUCAUCUUAAUUCAGUACAAAACCUUUAAACAUAUGACAUGUUGCUGUUGGUUUAGCCUUUCAAAUUCGUAACAACCUUUCCAAUUAAGCUAUACUACUGUUGUGUGCCAUCGUCAAUAGAUGCUUCAAAAUGCCCUAUAAGGCCAUUGCCAAAGCGUGGUGCAGUUACAGUUUUUCUCAAUUGCUAAAACACUAUCACCCAUUGGCUGAACAAAGUUCUCAGUUGCCUGAACUCAUUUAGCUAAUUGUGCCUGUCUGUUGUCAAUACCUUAAACCAUUUCACAUGGUAAAACACAAUUCACAGAUCUCACUUAGACUGUUCAGCAAAACUCUAAACACAUUCUCAUUUUUAAAAACCAUUCUGCACUCUAAUGCACAUAUCAUCCAUACUGGUAAACACAAAUGGCAACAAUCAAAUACAAAUAGAGAAAACAUGUCAUUGACUAAACACAACCACUCAAAAUUGAUUUCACUUGUUUCAAAUGAUGUGACACAACCAAUAUAAGCCAGUUCAGAGAGCAAACAGGUUGUUGAAGGUGGGAAAUAUUGCUUGUGAUGUUGACAAAGUGCUCUGGCCUAACCCAGCCCAAAGACAAGAAGAAGCACAUUGAUCACGUAUUUACUCCUUUGAUUUUUGUCCCUUUCAGUAUUGUAUACUGUAGUACAGUGCAUUGUAGGCUGUAUACUGUACAAUGAACACAUUGUAUGGCCCUGAAUAUUGUGCUUUCCAUUUGUUACAGUAACAGUACUGACUGCUCAAUAGAUUUUGACUGGUUGCAGGUUCAUAUCAACAAAGAACAAGAGUGAGUUGUGAGUAGUGAGAUGCAGGGUACAGUACUGUAUAGGGGUACAAGGAGGACAAAAAACAAAACAAUUGCAAAAGGCAAAGCAGAGUAGUAAUUUCUGAUCAAUUUUGAACUACUAUGAUAGAACAUGUUUUUGUUCAUCAAAAGACAAUGACGGAUACAUAUGAAAUUUGUUUUGAUAUUACGUAAAAAUGUACUUCUCCCUGAGAACUAUAAGUUUUGAACAAUGUGUUUUCAAUUUUUUGGUGUAUUGUUUACUGACUGCUUGAUAGUGUAUAUAAUUUUGAUCACUUUGUAUAUGAUUUGAGAGCAGUGUUUGAUUUUGAGCACAAGUAAAUCUGUUUUGAGGCGAAAGUUUCAUUUUGCAAGAGGAUUCAGCAGUUUUGUAAAUAGUGCUUGAAGAUGAGGUUUUGUGUUUACAGUUUUGAGAAAAUGGGUGACUGUUUCAAGAAAUGUGUUUUAGCAAUUGUGAAAAACUGUAACUAAGGUCAUAUAAAAAAAUCUAUCACAAUCAUUAAAAAAAUACUUUAGUUCAAGCAUCUAUAUAUUUCCAAAAUGGUAUCUUAGAUUUAAUAAUCCCUGGAUUCUCAACACCAUAACUGAUUAAUUGUUAUUGGCUUGUGACUCCCUAGCAGAAGCUAGCAGAACUUACAGGCACCUAUCAGAGUGACACAGUUGGUUAUUAACUCAAGACAGUUUAACUCAAAAUCCUAAUGCUGUUAUUGAGAAUAUACAAAAGUAGCACUGCACUUUCAAGGACAAAAACAAAUGUAUCUCCUUCUUAUGGCUAGUUAAGUAGUUCCAUCCUGAAUGUUCCAUCCUGUCACAUCUCAAGAGUCGAGACCCUACUAGAGUUAGAAGUGCCUAUUUGGUAAAAGUGUUGGAUUGUUUCUUAGUGAUGGUACUUUCAUACUGCAUAGUUUUUUUAAAUAAAGAGGCAAGGAUGACAUCCAUUUCCACGCUUGCACUGAUCUAUGGUAUACUGGACUGUGGUCAUGGCCGAGGGGCCGUUAGAAUUCAGUAUGUUGGAAGCAUGUUGGAUAGAACCAUACCGCCAAAGAUAAACCAAAUACAUUUUCAUUGCAAUAAAGGGUUAAAUCAAUAA